GGGGGGUGAGAUAAGCCGAGCGUGCAGCAUCCCUUCAGCAGCAUUCGGCUUGCAGGAAGUCAGGAGGCGGCAGUAGCAGCAGCAAGAGUUUUGAGGGGGGAACGAGCAUCAGCACCUCACCCAAAGGGGGCGACGCCACACCUCUUUUGCAGACACACAACCAGACAGGUGAAACUGGGAGAAGCUCAGGGGAAGGAACAACACUUUGGAGAUCAAGGCUGCGUCCAUCGCUUCAUCCAUCCAUCCCUCCAUCGCUGGGACUGAUAUGCUCGCUGCCGUUCGUCCAACCUCUAACCUUGCGUCGCCGUAGCCGUCUCAGCCUGCCCGCGUGUGCUCCCCCGUCGCCUCAUUUGACAACUGACCAAGAGGAACCGAGACAGGAACCCCACUCUGCCAUCAUGAACUUCCUCCGCCGCCGCCUCUCCGACAGCAGCUUCAUGUCCAACCUGCCCAACGGCUACAUGACGGACCUCCAGAGGCCGGACCCAACUGCGCCCCCUCCCCCGGCUGACACGUCCCCCUCCCAGCAGGCACCCACUACCACCACCACGUCCUCUCCGGCCCCGGCCCAAUCUCCCACCAAGGCUCCGCCUCUGUCCCAGGCCCCGGCCAGCUCGCCGGCACUUCAGGAGCGCCGCCUGUCCCAGCAGGCUCAGCAGCCCCCGCAGGCCCAGUCCUCCUCCUCUGGUGGUUCCUCUGGAUUCUUCAGCUCCUUCAGCUCCAUCACUAACGUGGUCAAGCAGACAGCCGCAUCCGCCGCCGGGUUUGUGGAGCAAUCAGCUCCUUCUCCAUCCCUCUCCAAGAAGUUUAAGACCCUACUGGUCAUUGACGAACUUCAGCAUGAGUGGGCCAAAGUAUUCAGGGGAAAGAAGGUUCUCAUGGAGUACGACGUCAAAGUGGAGCAGGCUGAGUUCUCUGACAUCAACCUCAUCUCGCAUUCAAAUGGAACUUGCAGCGUGGACAUGCAGGUCUUCAAGGGCGGGGCCAAAGCCAUCAGGUCCUUCAGGCCAGACUUUGUGUUGGUUCGCCAACACGCCUUCAGCAUGGCCCAAAACGAAGACUUUAGGAACUUAAUCAUCGGUCUGCAGUAUGCCGGCAUUCCCUCCGUCAACUCGCUGGACUCCAUCUACAACCUCUGCGAUAAACCCUGGGCUUUUUCCCAGUUGAUCAACAAUCAGAAGAGGCUGGGUGCGGACAAGUUCCCUGUCAUUGACCAGACAUUCUACCCAAACUACAAGGACAUGAUUACAACGCCAAGCUUUCCCGUCGUGGUGAAGAUCGGACACGCUCACUCCGGAAUGGGAAAGGUCAAAGUGGACAAUGUGAGCGACUUCCAGGACAUUGCCAGCGUUGUGGCCAUCACUCAGACUUACUGCACCACGGAGCCUUUCAUCGACGCAAAGUACGACAUCAGGGUGCAGAAGAUCGGCGUCGACUAUAAGGCGUACAUGCGAACAUCCAUCUCUGGUAAUUGGAAGAGCAACACCGGCUCUGCCAUGUUGGAGCAAGUAGCCAUGACUGACAAGUACAAGAUGUGGGUGGAUACCUGCGCCCAGAUCUUUGGCGGCCUGGACAUUUGCGCCGUCAAGGCUAUUUGUGGCAAGGACGGCAAUGACUACAUCACUGAGGUGGUGGGUUCGUCUAUGCAGCUGAUUGGCGAUCACCAGGCGGAAGAUCGCCAGCUCAUCUCGGAGGUGGUGCUGGCUAAAAUGAACCAGGCCCUGGCAGCCAAGACAUCCGGUGCUUCCCGGUCCCCCGCUCGCUCCCCUCAAGGCCAACAGAAGACAAGUGCUGCAGCGCCCCCACAGAGUGCCAGCAAUAAAGACGGACCGCCAGAUGCAAGCAAAACCGCAAGCCAGCGUCCUCAACCUCAAGGAGCAUCGGUCAAGCCGCAGGUUGCGGAGUCGUCUUCAGUGACAGUUAAGAAAUCUUCUGAGCCGCCAUCAAAGCCCAGCCAAGCCCAGAAACCGGUCCAGAAGCCAAGUCCGGUCCAGAAGGCGGCCUCGGUGACCAAGCCCCCAGUGCCAAGGCCUCCCCCCAUGACAAGAGCACCAUCUGUCACAAAACCUGCUCCAGAUCCCAGCUCAGCUCCUUCCAAAGGUUCUCCAUCUUCCCCAGCUAAGUCGGCAGCACGUUCCCCCUCAGCUUCCUCAGCUCCCACCACAGAGCAGCCCAAGCCCCAGAUCCCAGGAUCCCCCACCAUAGCUCCCGGAAAACCAAAAGAGCUGCCGCCCAAACCCACACCUCCCGCCAAGCCCAUCCCUCCCGUGCGCAGGAACUCCAAGCCGCAGCUGCAGCCAAAGCCCCAAACCCCACCUCCUCCCAGAGCUUCGCCCAAACCGCAGACGACCGUCCCGCAAAACCCGGCACCGGCUGAGACCUCAGACGACGCCUCUGCCGCCGGCUCCUCCCCUGGCCCGGCCCAGAUUCAGUCCCCGGUCCAAGCCAGCCCAUCACCGCCUAGCGUCCAGUCUCCCGCGAAGGCCAAGGCCGCCUCUCCUUCCCAAAACCCUGAACCCGAAACAGCUGCCGAGGCCCAAGAGGAUCAAGCAGCAUCCCAGCCAAAAAGCCAUCCUCUGCUCAAUAAGUCCCAGUCACUGACCAAUGCCUUCAACGCCUUCAGCGACUCUUCCUUCUUCCGCGGAGUCUCCAGCUCCGGCGCCGGCGACGGCCAAGAGGAGGCCAAGGCCGAGACCAUUCGCAACCUCCGAAAGUCCUUCGCCAGCCUUUUCUCUGACUAGAAACCCCCCUCCUCGCCCCAGCCCUUAUAACACGUAUAGCUUCUGGCUCCUCAUCACCCCCUUUCUCUUUCUAUGUUGACCAACCAUGAUUGACAUUUCAAUGUGAAGCGGUCUGAGAUGUGCGUGUUAAAAUUUAAACGUUCUCUGGUCCCUCUUCUCCUUCUUCAUGCCAGCUUCUGGGUAGGGUGGUCCGUGCAUGCAGCUGUACCAGGAUUGGUGGGAUGAGAGAGUUAUGUCGCUGAUAAACACUUAAAUAGAAUAUAAUGAUAGCAUAGGAAACACAAGAGAGUAUAUUUAUUUUCCCACUGCACACUUAAUUGUGGAAACUAUAUUUGAAAAGAAAGCAUACAGUGGAACCUCCAAAAUUUAUACAUUUUGAUGAAAAAUUUGCAAAAGAAAAAGUGAUGCUAACCAUUAAACAUGAAAUGGAACUUGGAUUGGCAUAGGAACUGGGAACCGAGUAGAAAGGUCCAUCCAUCCAUUAAUCCAUCUUCUUCCGCUUAUCCGAAGUCAGGAAAGCCCAGACUUCCCCAGCCACUUCGUUCAGCUCCUCCCAGGGAAUCCCGAGCCGUUCCCAGGCCAGCCGGGAGACAUAGUCUUCCCAACGUGUCCUGGGUCUUCCCCUGGGCCUCCUACCGGUCGGACGUGCCCGAAACACCUCCCUAGGGAGGCAUUCGGGUGGCAUCCUGACCAGAUGCCCGUACCACCUCAUCUGGGGGCUCCUCUCCAUGUGGAGGAGCAGCGGCUUUACUUUGAGACCCUCCCGGAUGACGGAGCUUCUCACCCUAUUUCUAAGGGAGAGCCCCGCCACUCGGCGGAGGAAACUCAUUUCGGCUGCACGUACCCAUGAUCUUGCCCUUUCAGUCAUAAACCAAAGCUCAUGACCAUUGGUGAGGAUAGGAACGUAUAUCGACCGGUAAAUCGAGAGCUUUACCUUCCGGCUCAGCUCCUUCUUCACCACAACGGAUCGACACAGCGUCCGCAUUACUGAAGACGCCGCACCGAUCCGCCUGUCGACCUCACAAUCCACUCUUGCCUCACUCCUGAACAAGACUCUGAGGUACUUGAACUCCUUCCACUUGGGGCAAGAUCUCCUCUCCUGAGAAGUACGUAGGAAAGUGUCUGUAUUAGUUAAAGAAUAAUUGGAUUCAAUAUUUCCAAGUUGAUAAAAAAAAAAAGGCCACAAAGCUUAAGAUAGUAAUGUAGCAGUAGCCAUAAAUCGCCACCGGGUGUCAGUAUCGCUCUGCAAUCAUCGCAAUUGUCAAUCAUUUUUAAAAGCAUCCAUUGUUUUUACUUCAUUGGAGUUUCCACUGUACCUAAUACCACGGAUGGAAUGUACAUAGAGUAUAUAUACAGUGAGCAUUAUUUAAUAAAGAAACUAUGGAAAAGAGCCAAAAUCAGUGACAUAACUCUUAAAAAUCAUGAAGUGUCUGGAUUUCUACGCAUUUUAACCAAUAGUGAUAUAUUUGAUGGUAUCCCUCGUAAUGCAGUAUUUUCGCAGUUUUUCGGUCCCUACGUGAACUUGUCAAAUGUGUAUCCCUGUGUAAAAUCCAGAUGUGGUGUCUCUCCGGUCUCGACGUUCACUGUCCCAAAGUGCGAGGGAGUGUGUGUGUGUGUGUGUGUGAGUGUGUGUGUGUGUUUACGUUGUUUGCAUGGCUCCUCCGUGUGGCUCCCCCGUGAACCUUUGGAGCCGUAGGAGCUUCUUCUAACAGUGUUGACGUUAGCCUUUCGUUGCCUCUCUCUCUCUCUAGAUGUUGUAGCCUUAUCGUGUUUCACAGCUUGGUGGUUUAGCUGUGCAGACCUGACUCCUCUCGAAAUUCAUUCAUCUGCCGCUGAAAGCGCGCAAAGUCUUGCACGGGGGCAGUUACCAAGUGCUCCCAGUCGAGUCAAUUUCCAAGAGGAAUAGACACAUGUCUGUUGCCGUGACCGGUGGUUUUCUUGUUUCACCCGUGUGUAGAUCUUUUCUACGGUGUUUGUCAUUCGUUGAGUAUGCUCACGUAAACAAGACAUUGAGACAGUAGUGCAAUAACACCUUUGACAUGACUGUUGCGUGCCGUCACCCUAGUAUCCAUUGAAAUAUGAUUGUUUAUAUGUUCAACGUUCCUUUAUAACUGGGAGCCAUUUUCCAGGUUUUAGCAGUGAGAAGCAAGAAGCACACUUUUGGUCUGUUGGUCCUUGUGUUCACACCAGACCAAAACGUACUAGAACUGGAUCAAAACGGUCCACAGGAUGAAAGCACCCUUUAACAGAGUCUGUGUAUUCGAUUAACGUGGACACUGACUUAAACAAGAUGAAAAACGUAUUAGGCUUGUUACCAUUUAGUGGUCAAUUGUACGGACACUGUACUGUGUCCUUUGGUCCUUUGGUCCGGUCUAACUGUGUUUACACCAGACCAAACGGCGCUAGAACUGGAAUUAAACAGACAGUUUACAAACAGUGUGAAAGCAACUCAUCCUAGGUGUGGUAAAGUGUCGUUCACAACAGAUCAAAUUGAAUUGGAGCUGGAUUUAAACAAAUACACCUUUUAACCGUGGAAAGGUUUAGAACAGAAGGCAUCCUGUUUUCCUUUGGUCUUUAAGUGUCACUGUGUUCACACCAGACCAAAACCAACCAGAAUUGGACUAAAACAGACUAAAAUGUGCCAGUGUGAAAUCAACUUAUCCUAGGCUUGGUAAAGUGUCACUUUUCAUAACAGACCAAAGAGUUUCGAAUUAACGUUGGUCAAGUGUCCGUGUGUUUACAGCAGACCAAGUAGUGCUACAACUGGAUUUAAAUAGACCAAAAUGUGUGAGUGUGGAAGCACCAUUUAAGAGUUGAAUAGUUCAGACUAAAACGCGUGUUCACACAAGACCAGAUCAAACUAGAAUUGGACUAAAACAGGCUAAAGUAUGCCUGUGUGAAAGCAACUUAUCCUAAGUGUGGUAAAGUGUCACUGAUCACAACAGAUCAAAUUGAAUUCGAACUGGAUUUUAACAAAUACACCCUUUAACGGUGGAAAACUUUAGAACAGAAAGCAUCCUGUUUUCCUUUGGACUUUAAGUGUCACUGUGUUCACACCAGACCAAAACCAACCAGAAUUGGACUAAAACAGACUAAAAUGUGCCAGUGUGAAAGCAACUAAUCCUAGGUUUGGCGAAGUGUCACUUUUCAUAACAGACUAAACAGUUUUGAAUUAACGUUGGUCAAGUGUCAGUGUAUUUACAGAAGACUAAAUGGUGCUAGAACUGGAUUUAAACAGACCAAAAUGUGCGAGUGUGAAAGCACCCUUUAAGAGUUAAAUAGUUCAGACUAAAACGCGUGUACACACAAGACCAAAUCAAACUAGAAUUGGACUAAAACAGGCUAAAUUAUGCCAGUGUGAAAGCAACUUAUCCUAGGUGUGGUAAAGUGUCACUGUUCAUAAGAGACCAAAUGGAUUUGAAACUGGAUUCGAACAAACCAAAGUGUGGAAGCACCCUUUUAGGAUUGGCAUAGUUUAAAAUACAAAGAAUCAUGGGUGUUUUCCUUUGGCCUAGAAUCACUGUUUACACCACAACAAAUGGAUCUCGAACUGGAUUAAAACAGAUCAAAAAGGUGUCUGUGUGGAAAAAGCACCCUUUAAGGGUGAAAUAGUUCAGAAUAGAGAGCAUCGUGGGUGUUAUCCUUUAGUCAAGUGUCAUUGUGUUCACACCAGACCAAAACACCCUAGAACUGGAUUAAAACAGGCAGUAUGAAAGCACCCGUUACUAGUGGUUUUCCUUUGGUCAAGCAACACUGUUCAUAAGAGACCAAAUGGAUUUGGAACUGGAUUCGAACAAACCAAAGGUUGGAAGCACCCUUUAAGAUUGGCGUAGUUUAAAAUUCAAAGCAUCUUGGGUGUUUUCAUUUGGUCAAGGGCCACUGUUUACACUGGACCAAAUGGAUCUAGAACUGGAUUAAAACAGACCUGUUUGAAAAAGCACCCUUUAAGGGUAAAAUAAUUCAGAAUAGAGAGCAUCCCGGGUGUUAUCCUUUGGUCAAGUGUCAUUGUGUUCACACCAGACCAAAACACCCUAGAACUGGAUUAAAACAGGCAGUAUGAAAGCAACCGUUACUAGUAGUUUUCCUUUGGUCAAGUGUCAAUGUUCAUAAGAGACCAAAUGGAUUUGGAACUGGAUUCGAACAAACCAAAGGUUGGAAGCACCCUUUGAGAUUGGCGUAGUUUAAAAUUCAAAGCAUUUUGGGUGUUUUCAUUUGGCCAAGGGCCACUGUUUACACUGGACUAAAUAGAUCUAAAACUGGAUUAAAACAGACCUGUUUGAAAAAGCACCCUUUAAGGGUGAAAUAGUUCAGAAUAGAGAGCAUCGUGGGUGUUAUCCUUUGGUCCAGUGUCAUUGUGUUCACACCAGACCAAAACACUCUACAACUGGAUUAAAACAGCCGGUGUGAAAGCACCCUUUACUAGUAGUUUUCCUUUGGUCAAGUGUCCCUGUUCAUAAGCGACUAAAUGGAUUUGGAACUGGAUUCGAACAAACCAAAGUGUGGAAGCACCCUUUAAGAUUGGCGUAAUUUAAAAUUCAAAGCAUCUUGGGUGUUUUCCUUUGUCUUUACACCAGAAUAAAUGGAUCUCGAACUGGAUUAAAACAGACCUGUUUGAAAAAGCACCCUUUAUUGUGAAAUUGAUCAGAAUAGAGAGCAUUCUGGGUGAUAUCCCUUGGUCAAGUGUCAUUGUGUUCACACCAGACCAAAACACUCUAGAACUGGAUUAAAACAGCCAGUGUGAAAGCACCCUUUACUAGUAGUUUUCCUUUGGUCAAGUGUCCCUGCUCAUAAGCGACUAAAUGGAUUUGGAACUGGAUUCGAACAAACCGAAGUGUGGAAGCACCCUUUAAGAUUGGCGUAAUUUAAAAUUCAAAGCAUCUUGGGUGUUUUCCUUUGUCUUUACACCAGAACAAAUGGAUCUCGAACUGGAUUAAAACAGACCUGUUUGAAAAAGCACCCUUUAAGGGUGAAAUUGAUCAGAAUAGAGAGCAUCCUGGGUGUUAUCCUUUGGUCAAGUGUCAUUGUGUUCACACCAGACCAAAACACUCUAGAACUGGAUUAAAAAACAGCCAGUGCGACAGCACCCUUUACUAGUUGUUUUCCUUUGGUAAAUCGUCAUUGUUCAUAGGAGACCAAAUUGAUCUGGAACUGGAUUCGAACAAACCAAAGUGUGGAAGCACCCUUUAAGAUUGGCGUAGUUUAAAAUUCAAAGCAUCUUGGGUGUUUUCCUUUGGCCAAGGGCCACUGUUUACACUGGACCAAAUAGAUCUAGAACUGGAUUAAAACAGACCUGUUUGAAAAAGCACCCUUUAAGGGUGAAAUAGUUCUGAAUAGAGAGUAUAGUGGGUGUUAUCCUCUGGUCAAGUGUCAUUGUGUUCACACCAGACCAAAACAAACUCGAACUAGAUUAAAACAAACCCUUUAGAAAUAGAAUAAAUUUCAACAAAAGAUAACAUGGCUAAUUUUAUGUUGGUCCAGUGUCACUGUGUUCACACCAGACCAAAGCAUACUGGAACUAGAUCAUAACAGGAGUGCGUUCACACUAGCAUAUUGUGAGAGUGGCCUGGAAAGCAUCCCGAUCCGAGCUUUUAUCCCUCGUCAUGUCGCCAAUAAGUAACCUUAUUGUAUGUAUGAAUGUUUAUCUGUAUGGAUGGAUGUACCGUAUGUACAGACGGGUGACAAACAAGGAACAAACCAGCCAAGAAAAGGAAUAAAUGAGGAUUAUAUGUCGGGUAGUUAAUGAUGAAAACAAUCACUCUGUAAUUGUGUCAUUUCUUUUCACCGCCAUCAUUAAGAUGCUAAAAAACUGCCCUUCGAAAUGACUUCCAAGCCUGCCCCUGUCGCCUUAUUGACACUUUGAUCAUGUUGGUUUUAACUUUCACUUGUCACCCAUCUGUAUGUGCCAUCUCAGGAUAAAAUGAUUUUAUUUAUUUUUUGGGGAGGUUGCAUAUUUUGGGUAUACUAGUACAGUUGUUUUUGUUGUUGUUUUGUAGGGUGUUUAUAUUUGUAACGCGAUAGCGCUUUGCAUGAUUUGGUGACUGAUGAUGCUUUAUUUUCAUGUACAGAGUAAAAGUUCAUAAUAAAGAUGUGGCUCCAUCAUUCCAAGUCAAACUCA